ACUUCGGCUCCGGUUAGAUUUUGAUGCAUGCGCGAGGAUUUACGCUCGUAUUUAAAUGAAAUAACGCGGGAGAAAUGUUUUGCGAUAGAUUUUGUGUUUUAGUGACGUGAUUUUAUCGAAUUUGGAUUAUAAAUUGACGCAAACCAUGCUGAAGUGGACUGUAAUGGCUCGGCGAGAUGCCGAGAAAUCCGACGCCUCGCGCCGUCCAACGGCGGAUGCAACAACCAGCGAAACCACUACUCCGAAGAGUAACAAGCCGAAACGACGUCAUUCCAGUGGCCAUCGGCGGUCUGGAGGUCGGCGUUCGAGUCUAGGACUCGAAAUGGAUAAAGAGAAUCAAUUCACGUCCACUCCGAUCAAGUCCUUUGAGGAUCAUCACCAAUUUGACGCUCUAAGAGACGUCAGCAAUCUAACACCAAACCGACGAGUCCUCUCUGCUAAAAAAUGCAGACGGAGUGCGUCGCCGUCCUCCCAUAGGAAACAUAAGAAGAAAAAACUCUGUCUCAACCCUUCGCACAGGAAAGAGUUCGGCGAGGGCAAAUCCGGGAAGAAUUAUUUCAGACCCUUUGAAACGGUCGAUUCGCACAUUGAGGGGGUGCUUGUUGAUGGGGUAUGCGAAUGCAAUAGUGGAGAAUUGCGGAUGAAAAGGCGCAUCGAGGACACGUACGCACCCACUUUACCCACUUUCGCCAUGGAAUACUCACCCUGUUUCAUGAGAGAUGCACAUUGUGUAGCAAAAGCAACCCCACUUGGGAAAUAUUUAGCACAAGAUCAAGACACGCCCCAUCCGAGUAAAAAACCGAAGAUCGAUCAUGUCAGUGAUUUUUUACACCAAAUUAAUUUCAUAACGUCCCCGGAAGACGAUAAAUUGACGUGUUUUACGAUGGAAUCAAAGUCAACACUCAAAUUACGCGAGGAUUCCAAAGUCUCGCCUCUAGUCAAAAAAUUAGUAGAUCUAAGGUUCAGUCAAUUAAGUUACGAUAAGAACAUUGUAGAUACUUGUAAAAACAACUCCUCCCUAAUUAACGACUUAUCUCUCGACCAAAUCGUCGACGCCAUCCUCAACUCUUCCACUGAAAGCGAGCACACCAACAAAACCAACACUAACAAAGACAACGAAUCAAAUGAAACGCAAGAAGAAAAUUUAAUAAAUAUAGAAAAUGAGAGACACGUCGCCAGUUCCUUUGAUCGAUGCUCUUCCGAUUCGGGCUUUAAGAGUUCCACAACGGAAUACUCACACCAGCUCGAAGGCAAUUUUCAAUGUAAGUGCAAGACUUCCACCCCAAACGCCGUACUUUGUGAUAAGACCAUUAUCAACAUCAAUGAAACUUUUAACGAACGUUGCGUGGACGUGAUAAACCCGAGAAAAAGGCCUUCGUCGACGCCGAACGACUCGGUUAAUAACGCGAAACGAGUUUAUUUGGACAAAUCCGAGGAGGACAACGUUUAUUUUACUCUAAAACGACAACGAUGUAUUCGCCGCAGAAGAACCGACGACGAAAAGAAAACGAGUGCUUCGAAACCCAAAACGGUGCAGAAAUCAAGCAAAGUGGACGAUCCUCUAAUCGGGGAUGAAUCGUUUGAAUCCAAUAUUUCGGGAAAAAUUGCCGAAGAUAACAUAAGUACGCCGUUGAAAGUUGCGUCACUGAAUGAAACUUUUACGCUAUUAACGCCAGUGGACAACAGUCGGAGAUUUCGAAGAUGUUUGUUAUUCGAAUCGCCCACCUCUUUAUCUGAAAGUGCUUCGACCACAAAUAGCAGUCUUCGGGACGUGAGAGGAACAAUGGAUUUGAAUAUUCAUGGCGAAAACGAUGAAUUAUAUGUUAACAUAAUUCGCUGCAAGGAUUUGUACAGACCCAACGGGAAGCAAAUAAACGCUUAUGUGAAGGUUGCUCUAAGUGAUCGACUAGGAGAUAAUCGCAGGAAACGGCACGGAAUAUUACAACGUACUGCCGUUCAAUCCGACUCCAGCAAACCCUUCUUCAACCAUACUUUUAAAUUUCCUCUUCAGAAGGAAAGUCUUCAAAAGCGAUUACAUAUCGAAGUUUGGCAUCGGGAUCGGAGUUCAAGAACAAGCGAAUUUUUGGGGUGUAUGUCCUUUGAUGUCAGGCAUGUAUAUACGAAGGAUAUCAGUGGUUCAUAUCGUUUGCUGCCUCAGUCGUCAGGACGCUGUCAGAACAUUCCGAUAACCGUCGAGCUGUUAGAUCUAGAAGCAGAAGAAGACUGUCAACCCAUAAUGUGCGAGAGUCAGUCGAGUGUGGACGAGAUCAUGAGUCUUGAUGGCCUCGACAACGAUUUGAAAAAAGUCACCAACAAAGCCAUCCUGAGCGAGCAGCAGAAGUAUGCAGAUGAGAACUUGUUCCUGCGCUAUCUGGAGCUGGACCCUACGGAAGGGCCGGAAGCCAUCCCCGCUGCGAUGCAGAGAAAAGCCACGGGAAACAAAAACGGCCGGACGCCCUUUACGCAGACGAAGAAGUUGACGCGUGCUCCCAAAUCCGGAUUCGGAUUCUCGGUCGUCUGGACGCAUCCGCCGAGGAUAGAAAGGGUCGAAAAGGGUCUGCCGGCCGAUAAAGCGGGAAUUUUACCGGGGGAUUAUAUUAUCUUUGUCGAUAAACACAAUGUCGUCAUGAUGCCAGAAAUUGAUAUUUUGAAUUUAAUUAGGUCGUAUGGAAGUCAAUUAACUUUAGAAAUAUUUAGAAGAAACACGUCUAAAAACGGUUCUGUGCCAAGUGUCAGACGUUUAAAUAGUACCGGAACUUGUAGCACGACGGGGCUUCCUGUAACCUCUAAUUUAGUGCAAAGACGUCCCUCCACUGUUUGUUCAACGAAUACAGCUUCAGUCGAUUACAACAGGAAAAAAUUGCAUUUACCUCAAGUUACUUUUAGUGCCGAGAAAACCAGUAAUAAUCAAGAAGAAAACAGAACAAAAGCCAUGUAUCAACUAAUACAUAAAGAACAACAAUAUGCAACGGGGUUACAAUUUGCAGUUACAAGAUUCGUAUCAGCAUUGGCUGAACGCCGAGACUUAAUUACACCUUCCGAACAUAAAAUUCUUUUUCAAAAUUCUGAAGAGAUUCUUAGAUUAACAGAGGAUAUCCUUGACAAUUUAGUUCAAGAAGAAGGUGUUCAUAAUUUAAUUCGGACGUAUCAGGCAAAAUUGAAUGAAAUUACAACAGCUUAUAGACGCUAUUGCUCAGGAAUUAAAAAAGCUGAUUGUGUAUUGGCAAAUAAAACGAAAAAUUCCAAUUCAGAAUUUGUUAGGUUUUUACACACUCCAUCGAUUCCUAGAAGACGACCAGAUAUUACUGCAUUUAUUCAUAAGCCUCUAGAACAUUACAGGGAAGUUUUGAAAGCUUUCACUGUAAUACAAAGCUACACAAAGCCUAAUCAUGAAGACUAUCCUGUGAUAAAUCAACUUGUGCAUGACUUGCAGCAUACUUAUAAAGAAAUGACAGUAGAGGCAGGACUCAUGGAACCGAUGGGAGAAGGUAGACCUCUUUUAUCAGUACAAGAUUUAGAAAAUCGUUUAGUUUUUACAAAGUGUAAACCUUUCGUAUUAAAUAAACCCGGUCGCCAAUGGAUAUUCGGAGGCGAUUUAGGGCGAGUAGAAGGACGAAACAUACGACAAUACUGGACGCUUUUAUUUAGUGAUUUAUUAUUAUUUGCCAAAGUUUCAAGGGAUCGAGUUUUAUUUAUUAUGGAAGACCCUUUGCCCCUAGCACACAUAACUGACAUGUUUUUCAACGUUAGGAAAAAAGAUACUGAAUUUAGGAUAACAGUCUCACCUGGAGGAAAACAUGCUACUAGCCCAACUGUACAUUGUGGACCUGAUUUAACAAGAACUCCGAAAAAAAAUACGGGUAAAAGAACAAUGCUUUUAAGGGCACCGACGACUGAGUUGAAAGCCGUUUGGCAAAAUCUGCUCCAGAGACAAAUCUUCCACGUAAACGCGGGCAUGGAUGGCAGCUCAUUUAGCAGCCCGUUAGAAUCUCCUGACGCUCCAAUAACCUCCUCUGUGGCCACCCUUCAGUCUGCAGAAUCGCUCUCCUUGCGUCGGCAGACUCCACAAAACAUAAACGAAAAUACAGAAAUGCAAAAGCAAAUAGACGCCCUUAUAGAGCAUAAGUGUAAACAAUUGAGCAAAAAUAAUAGCGGAAAAGGUAAUGCUAUUCAUUUAGAAAAAUGGAUGAAAAGUCAUCUUGAUACUGAUAUUGCUGAUGAAGCAGAAUUGGAACCUUUAUCCGAAGAAUGGACCGAAGAAAUGCUUCGAAAACGAUCAGAAGAACUCCAAUUAAUAGACGCCCAAGGAAACGUUACUUGUAACGACACCAAACGAAUCGAAAGCAGAUGCGAAGAUAACAAUUUAUCUGACCACGACCAAAGUCCGUCCAAAAGUACAACAACAGAAAGUCAAGUUACCGUGCGCUCAAGCCCUUUAGUGCCAGAAACUGUGCCAGUGUGCCGACAGUGCCAUAAAAAUUGCCUUCCAUCUGUAAACAAUAAUGUUAAAAGUGCUCGAUCCAAUAAUAACACCGAAAACUCUAAAGAAAAAAAAGACGAAAACGAUAAUAAAGAUGAUGAUGAUUGGAGACCCUUACUUUUGAUGGGUUUAAGUGCAAUCAACCCAGCGGCAAGUCUAGUAAAACUAGAUCCGUUUUCUACACCAAUUCCACAAAUAAACGUCGCGCCACCAACACCAGAAAGUUCCACGAAAACCGGAAGUACUUCCGAUCAAAAACAGAAAGAUGGUUCUUGCAGUUGCCGCAAUAGCAGACCUGAGUUAAAUAAUUUAGAACUAUGCAACGAAGUUGAUAUAUCACCAGACGAUUCACCUCAAACUGAAGAGCAUCCAUAUCACUCCUUGAGUAGUUCAAACUUAACGUUACGACGAUACGGUACAGUUUCUAGUUUAGAGCGAUUAGGAACAGAAGAACAUGAAGAUAACUGGGAUGAACGUUACUCAUCUGAUGAAGAUCACGAAAAACAUGGAGGUAUUGACAACGAAGCAUUUUAUCAUUCAUCAAUCAAAAGUUGGACUGCUAAAGCUGGAUCUUUUGUUGCUGAAAAAAUGUCAUUUUUUGAACGACUUGGAGAGGAUUAUAGAAACACUGGACGGUUUUUUGAAAAAUAUUUAAAAACAACAGAAACUACAGUCAAUGGAGAUGACGUUCAAGAAGAUGAAACAUCUGGUGCCACUUCAGGUGAAGAAAUAUGGGGGACACCCACUAGUGGUGGUGAAAUGGACGACCCUUUGAGUUCUCCUAAUUAUGAAGGAAAACAAUCGCCUUAUGAUGGUUCCAUAUCGUCCGAUAAUGGAGACGACACAGAACUCAUGAUGGAUGAGCUACUUAUGACUCCUCCCAUCACUGGUGCAAUAAUGAGAGGUCUCCUUCCUCGAAGGACAUUAGAACCGUUAAUAGAAGAAGACUUUUCAGAAAGUUGUUCUCCAACUUCAUCAGGAACACCAACCGAACCUUCAGUAUCUCCAGAACAGGGCAACGGAACUGGCGAUGUUGCUGACAAAUGUUCGACUGCUGUAGAAAACCGGAUAGAGUCUCCAAAUACAGAGAUGGAGAUGGGGUCGGCAGUUACGACGUCCGAAACGACUGUUGUUCCGAAAAUUCAUCGAUCAGAAAGUUACCGGAAGAUUAUAGAAGCGGCAGAAGAAGACUACGACGACGCCCUCGGUUUUUUCGAGAGGUUCAAGCCAACAGUGAAGUUCAUAAAUAUUGAAAGAGUGCCGCGAGCAAAAAGUGCAAAAAUUUUUGAGUUUUUUAACAUGCGUCGAGAACGCAGAAUUCACCAAACGAUUCCGGAAGGAAAACAGUUAAUCAAAAUUUUCAGUAAAGAAGGUACGAUUUCAGACAAUGUCCCUACGUCUUAUUCGGAAAAACCGCUUUCCCCUAGACUACUAAAGGAUAAGCAAAUGGAUCGAAGAUUUUGGAAACAGUUAAGCAGACGUCGUGGCAAUAAAAUGUCAAACCAGCCGGCCUGAAAAUAUUGCAAUAUUUAUAGGUUUUCAAAAUUUUCAUCACAAUUUCGUCAUUUCAAGCUCAACUCACGUGAUAUUGGUGCUUUGAAUACAAAAUGUGCAAAUUUCUCAAUUUAUUAAUAAUUUUGGCUUAAAUAAUUGGCACUAAAUAUUAUAGUUGUUAACUAAUGUAAAUAGCUUUAAAUCGUUAUUCAAUUUUUAUAAACUAUUUACUGAAUAGUCAAAAACAUCGUUUCUAUUUAAAAAAUUCUAGUCGUAGGAAUCGAUUUAAAUGCAGGGGUGUAAAGUAGUUAAAGAAUAAAAAAUCCGUCACAUAACAUUUGUGAUAACUACAAUUUUGUAUACUGUUGAAAAUAAAUUUUAAAA